AUGGAUAAUAAUGUGAAUAGUUUAUAAGUUGUAGAACAAUAAGCAUCACAAAAAAUCCAUUAGAGCAAUAUCAAAAGUGUUCAGAUAGAUUACAAUUCUUUAUUAAAAUAUACAACAAGUUGCGAUUUGCAAAAGAAUGAAAUUGACUAGCUCAUGAAAAUGUUCAAACGUAUGGAUUAUAAUAAGGUUGGAUUCUUAAGUUAUCAUGAUAUGAUGGAUUUGUUGAAAGAAUUUGGUUUUGAGAUAAAUGACAAUUGCAAGGAGAAGAUUUUCAAGGAAAUGGAGGAUAGAAACACAACGAAACUAGAUUUUUAAACUUUAUUGUAUAUCACCAGGGUUUGUAAGGAUUUGGUUUGCAAAGAAAAGGAAAAUGAGGAAUAAAUACAAUAUAGCGAAUUUAUUGAUGCAUUUGUAGCUUUGGGAGGUGAACCAGAUGCAAGUGGCUAUGUACAUAAAAAUAAAAUAAUUGAAAUAUUAUCAGUUGAAUUCGAAUUGAAUUUUGACAUUGAUGAAUUGUUGGAAUAAUUAGAAGUUUCAAAUGAGAGUUUGGAUUUCGAUACUUUUAGAAAUCUAUUUAGAGCAGAAAACAAAAAAUCAAUAAGGAGAAAUAGCAGUUUAUUAUCAGUAUCAAUUUUAUAUCACAUUGUCUAGCUUCUAUCCCAUCGAUCAAUGACUCAAAGAUCGACGUCUAGCAUUUCAACUGUGAAAAUUCGAAUGAAGGAUUUUGAAAGAUUUCUAGAGAAACUUUAACAGGAGGACAAUGAUAAUGUUAGUUCUCCUUCUCCAAAAAAAUGA